AUGUUGCGCUCAACCGUUAGGAUAGGAGCAUUUAAGAGGAUCGCCGAUUCAUUGCUUCCAGUGCGAAGUCAGCAAUCCAUAAUCACCUCUUAUAUGCUCAGACCUCUUUUAAUUACCCACAACUUCUCCAACUUCGCGUCAACGAGAAAUUCAUCCAAUUCUUCGAUCCCGAAGACAGCCAUUCCUUCCAAUGCCGAGGAGUUGGCUUCAUAUAUACCAGCUGAAAUUCUUAUGCACACCAAGAAUCCACAACCAGUUCGCCAUGAGAUUACCGAAUCAAAGGAACCGUUGAAGGCUGCAGAUCUUGAAAAUCUGGACAUCAAGAUCAAACUUCACAGAACACCA